AUAAGGCUCCCUGCUGGAAUGCCGCACGUCUCAUCUGUCCGCUCGAGAACUUUUUCCAUUUCCAACUCCAGCCUAUCUUCUCCAGGGGAAAGAGCAACGACGUCAGAGGUCAUGGUGACUCAGAUUCCAGCCCUGACCAGGAUGGCCACCUACUUCCUCACCUGUAGAUUAGGUGUGAUGAAAUUUCACAGGUUGCCUGGGCAACCAAGAGCCGGCUCCCAAAUGAGGAGAGCGGAGGAUGAGGCAUGGGAGACAACCCCCCCUUCCAUUCUUGGGGUCUUUAAGUUCUAGUGUGGGAUACCCAGAUUAUAAAUUGGCAAACAGGAAAACAAUCAACUUCAGUGUUAAAUACUACGAUUAAAAUAUGGGCCCGAAGGCCUGGUGUGCUAAUCCAUAACCUUGCUGGCACGUAGUAGGUGCUCAGCAAAUACUUGUUCAAAGACUAGAGCUGAGUGGGUGGCUAGUCUAACAGGAAUGGAACCCCAAAACGGAGGCCCGUGGGACGGAAGAGCCACGGGUGCAACGACUGGCGAGCAUUAGAGAAAGUGAAAGAACGAUCAGAAGGCGUGGGUGUUGCAAAUUUCACCGAGCAGUGUGCACAGGAGGGGGAGGCACCUUCUGGGACAGGCUCUUUUCAAGUGUGGCGGCAAAAUUUGGAAGCUUCCCCUUCAAGUGUCUGCUCGAACUCCCCUCAUGCCAGCCCAGCCCCUGGUGAGCACUCUCUGCAGACCCCUCCUGUGCCCCGCGCUCUCGCUUCCUGGGGAGCGGGAGACACAGAAGUGCGGGUCCCGUCCCAAGGCCAGCACCCGGGCGAUGGCUUUGGUGGCUUAGGUGGCGGUGCGCCCGGCCCAGCCCGGAAGGCCCGGGCCCUAGGGCUGCGCAGGCGGGACCGGCCCGGGCCGGUGUGGGGCGGCUGGGCCAGGGAGAGAACAGGCGGGGAGCGCCAGGGCGGGAGCUGCGGGGCUGCCAGAAGUUCUGCCGUCGUCCCAUCCGUCGCUGCCGCCUCCAGUGCCGGGAGCCCGUGCAUGUGCUAGACAAACCACCCUGUCACUGAGCUUGGAAUCUGAAGUCACACUGGCCUAGGGUAGGACUACAGCAUGCCAGUGAUGUGACCUUCACUUUUGGUUCCACACCCUCUGGACCCAUGGCUGGUUUUUCUGGUUUAGUCUGUAGAGCAAUUUGCAUAUUUCCUUGAAGAACUCUCUGAAGCUUUACAGCCUGUCCUUGGACUCACAGAGAGGGACGCCCACGUUGGUUCUCCAGAAUUGGAAUGAAAGCCCCUUCAUUCUUCAGUGUUUGAUGCAUGCCGUAGUCUAAGCCAGUGGAAGCUCGGGGCGUAAGCAAGGACUCCACCUGCCCUGAGACUUACAUUCCUUGUGUGCACACAGGGGCUGGGAAUGGCCACAUGGAACAGGCCACACCCAAGGCAGCCUGUGGCACCAGAGCCAGCUGCAGAAGACGAUUCCCAGCAGCCCCUGGGCCGGGAGCUCUCGGAGGCCAAUCGCUUCGCCUAUGCCGCCCUGUGUGGCUUCUCGUUGUCACAGCUGUUUCCAGAACCUGAACAAAGCUCCUUCUGCACAGAAUUUGUGACGGGCCUGGUGAAAUGGCUGCAUCUGUCUGAAAGUGUCCUCCCAACCAUAAUGGCCUUUGCCAGUGGCCUGGGAGGCGAAGGAGCCGACAUCUUUGCUCAGACUUUAUUGCAGGACCCCAUUCUGAGAGACAACCCAUCAGCAGUCAGUCAGGACCUCCUGAGCUUCUCACUCAAGAAUGGACACUAUGAUGCCCGGGCCAGAGUCCUCGUUUGUCAUGUGACCUCCCUGCUCCAGGUGCCCAUGGAGGAGCUUGACAUUCUGGAAGAGGUGUUCCUGGAGAGCCUGAAGGACGCCAAAGAGGAGGAGUCUGAGACCGCAGAGGCAUCCCGGAAGAGGAAAGAAAAACGGAGGAAGUGGAAACGCUAUCUUCUGAUAGGCCUGGCCACAGUUGGAGGCGGGACAGUGAUUGGUGUGACUGGGGGGCUAGCUGCCCCACUUGUCGCUGCAGGAGCCGCAACCAUCAUAGGCAGUGCCGGGGCAGCCGCGUUGGGCUCAGUGGCUGGCAUCGCUGUUAUGACUUCACUGUUUGGUGCAGCCGGAGCUGGCCUGACAGGAUACAAGAUGAAGAAGCGAGUCGGGGCCAUUGAGGAGUUCAUGUUCCUGCCUUUGACGGAAGGCCGGCAGCUACAUAUCACCAUUGCCAUCACUGGCUGGCUCGGGUCCGGCAGAUACCGCACAUUUAAUGCCCCAUGGAUGGCCCUAGCCCGCAGCCAGGAGCAGUACUGCCUGGCCUGGGAGGCCAAGUACCUGAUGGAGUUGGGCAAUGCCCUGGAGACCAUCCUCAGUGGCCUCGCUAACAUGGUAGCACAGGAGGCUCUCAAGUACACAGUGCUCUCUGGUAUCGUGGCUGCUCUAACCUGGCCAGCCUCACUCCUCAGCGUCGCCAAUGUCAUCGACAACCCCUGGGGCGUGUGCCUCCACCGAUCGGCAGAAGUUGGCAAGCACCUGGCGCACAUCCUUCUCUCACGGCAACAGGGCCGGAGACCUGUCACCUUGAUUGGAUUCAGCCUGGGAGCCAGAGUCAUCUACUUUUGUCUGCAAGAAAUGGCUCAGGAGCAAGUUUCAGGUUAGUCCGUGAUCACCAUGGCAGGAAACAGAGAGGCACAGCACUGGGACAAUAGCUGGGAGCUUUUCAUCCUGAUCUGCAGGUGACAGACAGUGACACAGGCCUGAUGUGAAACCUCGAAGCCACCCUCUAGCAACACACUUCCUCCAACAAGGCCACACCCCCUAAUGCCUCUAAUCCUUCCCAAACAGUUCCACGCCCUGCUAACCAAGCAUUCAAAUACAUGAGCCUAUGGGGCCAUUCUCAUUCAGACAUCACAGGCCUGAGCCUCAGCUUUCUGCUCUGCAAAAGGAGAAUUUCCUUCCCUAGCUCUCCCUCAUUAACAGUCCUUCCAGCUUGGAAGGUGUGGGAAACUCUUACAGGAAGCCCAAACAAAGCAAGUCCCGAGGCCCUUAGAGAAGAGCCUCAUUGGUUGAUCCCAGGAGCUCAGAAACCUGGCUACCAGCUCUCCUGUAGUUCCCAGGGCAUCAAAGCCAGUGCGCAGCCUUGAGCCCGAGAGAUUGGGAGUGGGACCCGGCAGAUCCCAGGCAAAGUGAGGGUUGCUUUGAUAGUACUUGGCUCUAGACUGUGCCCAGUAUGUAGGCAAUCAGAGGGGAUGGGCUGGCAGUGGUGACUGGAGAGAGGGGAAGGCACUAAGGUUAGGAAGGAGUAUAUAACAGGAAUGGCUGCUACAGUCCCCCAGGAUGGUCCAACCUCUGCUCUUUCCUCUGAUGAGAAUUUAAUACAUCUUUUCCUCAAGUCCCAUCCAACCCAUGGGACAGGUUUUCUACAUGCAAAUUGAGAUUUAGAGACUGUGAAGUAAUGGCUGGGGAGAUGGCAUGUGGAGUGCCGAGUCUGCCACAAGUGUGAGCACCCGAGUUUGAUGCCCUGUUCCCACCUAAGAAGCGUUUGACCAUGGAGGUGUGUAAGCCCAGUGCUGUGUAGGCAAAGCUGGGGGGUGGGGAGCCUCAUUCAUAAGGCCAGUCAGUCUGGCUAAUUACCAAGUUCAAGUAAAAAUGAGGUGGACAGUGCCUGAGGUGUGACACACAAGCACACACACACACACACACACACACACACACACUCAAGCAGGAAGGUAGAGAAGGGGGACUCGCUUGUGUCUCUCUCUGACUCUGGAUUUUACUGCAGCCCAUCCUGGUUGUGUGCUUUCAGCCACAGCCACAGCCACAUCCAGGAUCAGAUAUUCCAGUUCAUUGGCUCGUUCAUGGAGUGCCUACUGUGUGCCAAGUUCUAUACCAGGCUGUGGAGAGAUGGCAGCAGCAGUCUCACCCUCCUGAAACUUAGUCAGCUGAAGUAAACUGCCCUCCCAGAGGCAUGGGCUGGGGUCUCUGGCUCAGACCUGGGCAUGUUAAUAACUGACUUAUGAAUGAGGUAGGUGAAGCAUGCUGGGAGUUCUUCCUACCGAAGAAAACACUCCAGGUCUUUGGAAGAGGGGAGCGGGGUCAUGAGCUGCCUUAACCCAAAGUACAAACACCACAGUGCACAGGACACCUGGGCCGACUGAUGAGCCAUUGUCCAAGCCUCCCAGUGACCCUGCAGCACCAAGAUGCUUCACCCUCGACUGCCCAGCAGCCCACCCACCCUGCUCCACCACCACCCCUUCAAAACCCAGACAGGAAGCACAUCUGUCAAGCGAUCAGGAAAUGAGCAGAGCCAAGAUUACCCCAAGUUAAAUAGCCCCCCCCCAAACAAAAGUCUGUCUCCCAGCCAAGGACAUCAAUUUGCUUUGGGAAUGAUGCCAGCUGGUGGCAGGGGAAAGGGUGACAGUGCCCGCUGCCAAGAAGAACCUCCGCUGGAGCCCUCUCUUAAGAGACUCGCGGCCCCAAAGCAUAAUGGACCGUUCCUUUUUUUUUUUUUUCCUCUUUUUUCCCUGUGUAUUUGCUUUGAAAAGAUUUUUUAAAUUGGACAUUUGGAGGAGCUCAGUUCAGACUGACUCAUGCUAGCUGCCUCAGCUGGGAAAAAGCCCUCUGAACCCAGAAAUCAGUUCCUGCUUCAGCUGACGUAUGCGUUCAUCCAUGGGUGCAUUUGUUCAGGCGUGGAUUUAUUCUCCUCUUCAUCCCAGAGGGAUUGAGGGAAUUAAUUCGGUGCACUAGGAAUCGUCUCUGCCAGGUGGCCCGGUGCAUGAAGUCAGGGCUGGGCCAGCAGGCCUUAGGGUGUAUUUGCUGAGUGAUUAAAAAGCCUGCUUCUGCUGGG